GGGAGCGGGGCGGGGGGCCGCGCCCCGGGGCUUUGUGUGCCGGCGUCGGACAAAGGCGGCGCCGCGCCGGCACCCGCGGGAGCGGCGGGGAUCGGGAGCCAGGGGAUACCCUGGAGGGACCGGGAACGAUCGCAACCGCUUGGGACCGGGAUCCCCUCCUGACGCCUCUCUCCUGCUGCCCCCAGGCUCCCCUUCGGGCAGGAUGCGCGGGGGCUGCGCGGUGGCCGUGGCCGUGCCCUGGCUGGCCCUGCUAGCCGUGGCCUGGCAGCCCCCCGAGAAGCCAGCGGCCGCCCCCCUGCUCACCCGCCGGCCCUUCAUGGUGGCCUGGAACGUGCCAACCCAGGACUGCAAGCCGCGCUUCCAGGUGUCUCUCGACUUCAGCCUCUUCGACCUGUGUGCCUCCCCCAACGAGGGCUUCGUGGGGCAGAACCUCACCAUCUUCUACAAGGAGCGCCUGGGGCUCUACCCUUACUACACCAGCCAGCGUGUGGCCGUCAACGGUGGUGUCCCCCAAAACAGCAGCCUGUCCGAGCACCUUGCCCGCCUCCAGGAGGACAUCGGCAAGUACAUCCGCUCUCCCACCAAGGAGGGGCUGGCUGUCAUUGACUGGGAGGAGUGGCGGCCCAUCUGGGCUCGCAACUGGAAGCCAAAGGACAUCUACCGGGAGGUGUCUCAGGAGCUUGUGCAGCAGCGAAAGCACACCUGGUCCCAUGAGGUGAACAAGCAGGCGGUGUUUGAGUUCGAGUCGGCUGCCCAGCAGUUCAUGGUGCUCACCCUGCGCGUGGCCAAGAGCUUCCGCCCCAAGCAGCUCUGGGGAUACUACCUCUUCCCCGAUUGCUACAACCAUGACUACAGCAAGAACAAGGAGAGCUACACCGGGCAAUGCCCGGAUGUGGAGAAGACACGCAAUGACCAGCUGUCGUGGCUCUGGAAGGAGAGCACGGCCCUUUACCCCUCCAUCUACCUCGAUCCACUCCUGGCAUCCACCCCCAACAGCCGCAAGUUCGUGCGGGCACGAGUGAUAGAGGCCAUGCGCAUCUCCCAGCAGCACCACGAUGGCUACUCCCUACCUGUCUUUGUCUACACCCGGCCCACCUACGUCCGCAAGCUGGACUUGCUCAGCCAGCUGGACCUGAUCUCCACCAUUGGAGAGAGUGCAGCGCUGGGUGCAGCUGGGGCCAUCUUCUGGGGCGACGCAGACAACACUAAAAACCGGGACUCGUGCCAGGCCAUCAAGAACUACCUGGAGGGGGACCUGGGCCGCUACAUUGUGAACGUCACGACAGCAGCACAGCUCUGCAGCACCACGCUGUGCCAGGGCCAGGGCCGCUGCCUGCGCCAGAACGGCAAUGCCGAUGUCUUCCUUCACCUCAACUCCACCAGCUUCCAGCUGCGGCGCCGGGACAAGGACCACUCCCAGCGCCCCCUCUACUGGGCCGAGGGCAAGCUGUCCGCUGCUGACACCCUUUUCCUACGGACCCACUUCCGCUGCCACUGUUACCAGGGCUGGCAGGGCAGCAGCUGCCGGGUGCCUGCCAGCCCCCGCAGCCGUGCCGCUGAGCCCCUGGCACCACUGGGACUUGGGGUGCUGUUGCUGCUUGCAAGCUGGCACUGACCCCCCUAGACUGAGCUGGCGCCCCCCCCCCCCUUCGUGGUGGUGUAGGGACCUAUUUAAGAUAUCCCUACCCUGCCACUGCGGCAGCUUGUUACUGGGGGGCUGCCCCUCACUGAGGGGGUUGCCCCACUUCUGCCCUCCUUCUGUGGGGUGGGUGCCCCCUAUGGGGAUGGAGGGCAGGGUUGGGGGGUUGGGGUCCUUUCCUGUUGUAAGGAGAGGGAUGGGAGUCGUGGGGGGGCAAGAGAGCAGGUGCUGUGUGGUGCUAAGCCCCUC